AUGAUUAGAUUGCCGAGACUUUCAGAGGAAAUUAAACAAGCUCUUAAUGAUAAGAAGAAACCAGUUGUAUCGCUUGAAUCAACUAUUAUAACCCAUGGGUUACCAUUUCCACAAAACUUAGCAAUGGCAACUGAAGUUGAAGAUGUUAUACGUGCUAAUGGGGCAAUUCCUGCUACUUGUGCUUUUAUUGAUGGUGUUCCUUAUGUGGGGCUUAAUGGAGACCAAUUGAACAGACUAUCAGAGGAAGCCAUCCAUGGUAAGAUCAAUAAAGUUUCACGUCGUGACAUUGGAUAUACAAUGGCCCAAAAACAAUGUGGUGGGACCACUAUUGCUCUGACAAUGAUCUUAUCGAAUAUGGCGGGUAUAAAAGUCUUUGCAACUGGAGGUUUAGGAGGAGUUCAUAAGGACGCUCAGCUUACAAUGGAUGUUAGUGCUGAUUUGACUGAGUUAGGGCGAACUCCUGUUUCAGUGGUUUGUGCUGGUCCGAAAUCAAUUCUUGAUAUAGGAUUGACUAUGGAAUACUUAGAGACCCAGGGUGUCUUUGUUGGCACAUAUAAUGAAGAAGGGAUACCAAAUAUCGAUGUGCCGGGAUUUUACUGUCGCCAGUCUGGUAUCAAAUCACCGUAUUCCUUUCAAACUUUUAAGGAAGCAGCUUCCAUUAUCCAUAAUCAGAAUAAUGUCAUGGGUCUUCAAUCUGGGAACCUCAUGUGUAUUCCACCUCCAGUUGAAUUCGCUUUAUCUUCAGAUUUCAUCAACGGUAUAAUCGAGGCCGCCAAUCUUGAAGCUAAGCAAAAAGGAAUAUCCGGGAAGCAAUUAACUCCAUAUUUAUUGUCUAAAAUUGCCCAAGAUACUAAUGGUAGAUCUGUCGAAUGUAAUGUCAAAUUUGUGCUUAAUAAUGCUAAGUCAGCAAGUGAGAUUGCGAAAGAAUUACUUCGUUUGGAGACCAAUGAAAUAACGGAGAAUGUUACUUUCCAACCAUCUACAAAAUUAUCGAAGAACAAGACCAUUGAUCAAAAAGUAGAGCAUCAAGAUAUAGUCGAUACGAUUAUAAUCGGGUCAAUUGCGCUCGAUACCAUCAGUAGCUUAAAUUCCAAGACAAUGAAUGAUUCGAAUCCGGGAAAAGUGAGCUCAUCUAUCGGAGGUGUUGGAUAUAAUACCUCUCUAGCUUACAACUAUGGAAGUCAAUCAAAACUGCCAUUGCCUACUUAUAGGCUUAUUACUGCAUUAGGAGAUGAUUUUGCAGGACAUUCGAUUAUUAAGCAAUUACAAGAUGAAAAAAUCGAUACUAGUGGUAUAUAUAUAUCAAAGGAGCACCGCAGUGCUCAAUACGUAUCGAUGCAUGACAAACAAGGAGAUUUGGUUGUUGCAUGUGCUGAUAUGAACAUUGUUGAGCAGGAUUUUAUGAUUGAACAUAUAAAGAAGGAAUUAGCCCGAGGCAAACCAAGACAGGUUAUGUUCGAUUGUAAUAUAUCCCCUAGUGCAAUGAAUGAAAUCAUGGAGCAUAUAAGGAAUGAAUUGCCAGAAGCCAAACUUAUCAUUGAACCAACCUCCUCGCCAAAAUCACGCAGAAUCUCCCAGGUAAGUUCGAGCUGUUUGAAGACGUUCCCAUCAAACACUAUUCUGUUAAUCACCCCAACCAUGAACGAAUUGGAAAGCAUCUAUGAAUCAUUUGCGUCGAGAGAAUUAUUUGACGAUUACGAUAAUUGGUUCCCAGUGCUCGACUCAUUAGGAAUCAACUCUGAGUUCAGAGACAAGAUAAAUAAUUUAUCCAGGAGACAUGAAAUAGUUAAAACGAUGGUUGAACGAGGAACUUUCCAACAGUCGUUUCAAUUAUUACCGUAUAUUCCCAAUAUCCUCGUCAAGUUAGGCGAACAUGGAGUGAUUCUUAUUUCCAUCAAUAAAAGUAUUGAAGAUUUCAAAUCGAUACCAACCACUUCCAAGUAUGCCCCAACGUUUACAUUAACGUCUACCGGCAGGGAGUUUACGGAAGACAACGACCAAAAACAAUUGGGUAUAGUGAUCCAGUAUUUUACGAUCCCAAAAGAGAAUGAACAUUUGAAAAUUGUCAAUGUCACUGGUGCUGGAGAUUCUUUUAUUGGCUACUUGAGUUCGAGCAUGAUCACCGGUGAAGAUUGGUUGGCAUCAGAAAUCGCCAAUGUCGAGCAAGAAUGGGCGAAAUGGGAAGGUUUAUACAAGUCCCAGUUGGCCAGCGGGAUGUCAUUAUGCUCUUCCCGAGCCAUAAGUCAAGAAAUUAAGAAAAUUACCUGA